UCUGCUUUAUAGUUUAUACAGGAUUUACACUUGGGAACAUUUACGAUCUAAAGAUUUUGUUAUUAUGGGCAAACGAAGAAAAAAAAGUAAACCAAAAGGAUUGGUUGGGAAGGAGGAGGCAGAGAAUAAAAAUCUUCCCAAAACAUUCGUUAUGCAUCGAGGAAAUGUUGGAAAAUCAAUUCUUCAACUGGAAAUGGACAUUAGACAUGUCAUGGAGCCUAAUACUGCUGUUAAUUUAAAGGUUCGCAAAAACAAUGUACUGAAAGAUUUUGUCCAUGUUGCUGGGCCUCUUGGUAUUACACAUUUUAUCAUCUUUUCACAAACAAAACUUGGAUCUUACAUGAGAAUUGCAAGGCUUCCAAGAGGGCCAACAUUGCAUUUUAAGAUUCACAAGUUUUCAUUGGCACGUGAAAUUAUUUCAAUGCUGAAAAGACCAAAAACAUAUGGAACACAAUACAAGAAUUCACCUCUGAUGGUUUUAAAUGAUUUUGAUCAGAGUACCUUACCCAUGAAGUUGAUGACAUCAAUGUUCCAGAACCUGUUUCCAGCUAUAAAUAUACAAAAGAUCAGACUGGCAGAGAUCCGUCGUUGUGUGUUGGUUAAUUAUAACAAAGAAAACAAAAUGAUUCAUUUUAGACACUACCAAAUUGAUGUUGCUCCAGUUGGCAUGAGCAGAGGUGUGAGAAAACUACUUCAAGCCAAAGUCCCCAAUAUGGCUAAGUUUUCUGAUGUCAGUGAAUACAUUGAAAGGGCUGCAGGUGGUUAUGGAUCAGAGAGUGAAGCUGAAGACCCAAUAGAUAGUCAGGUGACACUACCACAAGAUCUUCCAGGACGAGGCAAUAUUAAGUCAGAGAAAAGUUCCGUUAAACUUACUGAGCUUGGUCCUCAAAUGUCAUUACAACUUAUCAAGAUUGAAGAAGGAUUGUGUACAGGAGAAGUACUUUUUCAUGAAUUUGUUCACAAAACUAAGAAGGAAAUUCAGUCAUUGAAAAAAGAAAGAGAAGCAAAACGAAAACUUAAGGAACAACGCCGAAAACAACAAGAAGAAAAUGUGAAAAGAAAGGAAAGAGAAAAAGAACUUAACAAAGAACGCAGUAUAGCUGGGCAGUUGAAGAAAUGGAAAGGCGAAGUUAAAUCGAGUGAAAAUGAAGAAGAAAGUAGUUCUGAAGAGAAAGAAAUCGUCGAUCAAGACGACAGUGCAGAUGAUGAUGUACGGUGGUAUAAAGAAGAAGUUGGUGAAGAUCCAGAUGAAGAUCUCUUUGCUGGUAAAUCACACGGAAAGCCGAUGAAUAGACGGAAAAGAAAGGGACCCCCGAAAACGAACAAUAUCAGCAAGAAGCGACCGAAAUUAGACAAAGUUUCCCAAGUGAAGCAGAGGAAAUCCUCCGUGGAUAGAAGGAAACAACGAAAGAGAAUUUAAUAUAUAACAAUGGGGAGUUGUAAAUUAUCUUAGCAGUUCUAGUACAAAAAGCCAAACAUCACUUUUUUAAUU